GGAGCAAUUGAUGGAACGCACGUGAGUGUCCGACCUCCUAAAAAUGAGACUCAAGCACACAGGGACCGCAGGAGCCUUAUAACAACUAAUGUGCUGUGUGUGUGUAACAUGGACAUGCAGUUCACAUUUAUCCAUGGUGGGUGGGAGGGCAGUGCGAAUGACUCAAAGGUUUUCGAGGAAGCGAUCAGUGAUCGGAAGCAUGGAUUCCCAUGGCCACCAACAGGGUCGUACUACUUGGUGGAUUCGGGUCUACCAAUUGGCACUAGUUUUCUCCCCCCUCACAAGUCAAAUAGGUACCAUGUGCAAGAAUUCAACUCAAGCGGUAGACGGAUAACAUCAAAGAAAGAGUUGUACAACUACAGGCAUUCGUCCUUACGGAUGGUUAUUGAGCGGUCCUUUGGAGUGCUGAAGGCCCGUUUCCCCAUUCUGAAUUUAAUGCCAAACUUCAAGCCAAUUAGGCAGCGGUACGUGGUUAUUGUGUGCUGUGCUCUACACAAUUUCAUACGCAUGAACAAUCGGAGUGAUGAAUUGUUCAGAACAAUAGGAGAGAGUGAUGGCGAAGGUAGUGUGACCAAUGGCGAAGGCAGUGGAGAUGUUGGAGCAUCAACAAGUUCAGCGACCCAAAGGCAUGUACUAGAGAUGUCAAGUGCAUCAAAGAGAGCGAUGGGCCAAGUUAGGGACAAUAUCACUGACACAAUGUGGAAUGAUUAUGUUGCUCGUGGCAAUGUGAGAUGAUUAUAUAUUGAAAAUGGAAAUUGACCAUUUACUUCGCUGCACUAU